AUGAUCGACUUUCAGCACAGAGUAGGCCACAAGACUGGCAGUGGCGCUCCUGCAAGCGCCCAGGAUAUAGCGGCGGACAGAAGGGACCGACUGCGCAAAUUGGCCCUUGAGACCUUUGAUUUGAGCAAAGACCCGUAUUUCCUAAAGAAUCACGUGGGCCAAUUUGAGUGUCGUUUGUGCCUCACUAUACAUUCAACCGAGUCGUCGUACCUCAGUCACACUCAGGGGAGGAAGCACCAGACGAAUUUGGCGAGAAGAGCUGCUAAGGAACAGAGGGACGCCUACGUGGUACCGGCUCCGAGACAGAAUGUCAUUCGACCGCCUACCAUGAGGAUUGGGAGACCAGGUUACAGGAUAACAAAGAUGAAGGACCCAGCCACGCAACAACCAGCUCUUUUAUUUGAAAUUGAGUUUCCAGAGAUUGAAGGAAGACCCAGACAUAGAUUCAUGUCCGCAUUUGAACAAAAGGUUGAGCAGCCACCAGACUCGAACUACCAAUUUUUGCUCUUUGCAGCAAACCCAUACGAAACUAUCGCAUUUAAAGUUCCGAAUUUGGAAGUUGAUAACGACCCCGGAAAGUUAUUCUCGCAUUGGGACGAUAAAAAGAAGAUUUACAUACUUCAAGUCCAUUUCAAGGUUACAAGGACAUCGAAACCAUUGCCCGGACUACCUCAACGCCCUAGUGUAUACCAGGGAGUAGGAGUUCGAUUGUGA